AGUCCAAGUCCGGACUCGAGUAAUACAGCCCUAAAGGCACACCCUCCCCAAAAUUUUGACGUGAAAACGAGAGGAGGACUAUUUAAACUUAAUAAAAUUCACAAUUCAUUUCAGUUAAUGUCUCAGAAUUUGUAUUUUUUGUUUGUAAUUUCACAGCUGUAAUACCAUAACGUGUUACUGAAGUUGGAAAGCGCUGCUUUUCUAUCGCGAAAGUGCUGAAUCUGCUGAUAUAAUUACAAGCACUAGCUGAUAGAGGAGGGGAGGGGAGGGGAGGCCGGGGGAGAGUUGAACUCUCUUGCCUCAGUUGGUAAAAAAAAUAGCCAAUCACCACUGAGUGUUCACUUUCAGCGCUGAGAAGUGUUGAGAAAAGAAACCUCGUAGAGGAGUCUAGCCUCCCUUCUGGUAUUAACCAAUCAUAGAGAUUUACGUGAUAUUAGUUUGAACGUCUCGCGCUGCGCUCAUAAUGAUAGUACUUAUGAUGAGUAGCAAUAUUGAAUAUUUGAUCGCCAACAGAUUUACCAAGCUGUCAUUCAAACAGUAUAUAUACAAAUUUAAAAAAGGGAAAACACAAGCUGAUAUAGGCUAUAGCACUCUGCUUAAUUAAAUAGCACAACAGGUAGCUCUCUUUUAACGCAGACUUUUUAGGGAUGAAUGUUUGCUUCAAGUGAUAGGUCAGGUAAGUCGAAUUAUAUUAUCUUGUUGUAUGUGUGUCGUUUUCUUUACGUUUUCUGGCUAAAAGCAACCAAAACGCCAUUUUAAAGUGGUUAAGCAAAUAAUAAUAUUAAUAAUCGGCAGGUUCCCAGACCAAUACAAUUAGUGUGCCUCCUCUAUUUUAAAACCCACGAACCGCCACUGGCAGAUUUGUUAUAAUGGGGUACUUUUUUUUCAAUAAUAGGCAUGUUAGAUAACUUUGUAGUUGAUCAAAGAUUUGAUAGUUAUCCUUAUAGAAACAUGGGAUUUUUGAUUUAUGAUGUUUUAAAAAAGAAAUGUAAAUGUAAAGUAUUCAGGAAUGUGUAAUUCAUAUUAAAAAAAAGCAUCAAAAUGAUUAAAAUUAAAAACUAAGAAACCCUGAGGAAUUAUGAUGAACCCUGAAUCUUCAUUAAUAAUGCUGACAGUUAUAAACCUUAAAGCAGAUUUAGAUUUAAUUUACUGAAAAUAAACCAUUCUUUUAUUUCAGAGAUGAUUGAAAAAAACAAGGAGAAUGAAGAAAUGAGUGAAGUUGAGGAGAAAAAUUAUGUCAAAACUGGAGAGAAACCCUUGAGUUGCUCUCAAUCCAAAGAGAAAGAUUUGAAGAAAAUUACAGCCAAUAAAUCUUUCAUCUGUACUCAGUGUGGAAUGAGUUUGACGAGCAAAUAUAGUCUUGAUGUUCACAUGAGAGUUCAUACUGGAGAGAAACCAUUCACUUGUGAUCAGUGCGGGAAAAGUUUUUCACAAUCAUCACACCUCAAAGAUCACAUGAUCAUUCACACUGGAGAGAAACUGUACAAGUGUUCACACUGUGACAAGAGAUUCAGUCAGUCAGGACACCUAAAAACACACAUGAGGAUCCACACUGGAGAGAAACCAUACACUUGUGAUCAGUGCGGGAAGAGUUUCACAAUAAAAGCACACCUUACAGGCCAUAUGAGAGUUCAUACCGGAGAGAAACCAUUCACUUGUAAUCAGUGUGGGAAGAUUUUUACACAAUCAUCACACCUUAAGAUACACUUGAAGAUCCACACUAGAGAAAAACUGUACACAUGUGAUCAAUGCGGGAAAAUGUUUUUGAGAGCUUCAGACCUGAAGCAGCACAUGAAUGUUCAUACAGAGGAGAAGCCACAUUCAUGUUAUUUGUGUGGAAAGAGUUUUUUAUGUCUACAAAGUUUGAAUGUACAUCAGAAAAUGCAUACUGUUAUGAGAGAGUACAUGUGCUUUGAGUGUGAAAAGACUUUUACUUCAGCAAACUGUUUAAAACGGCAUGAGAUGAUUCACUCUGGAGAAAAACCUUAUAAGUGUUCACACUGUGACAAGAGAUUCAAUCAGUCAUCAAGUCUGAAAAGACACGAGAGGAUUCACACUGGAGAGAAACCGUACACUUGUGAUCAGUGCGGGAAGAGUUUCUCACAAUCAUCACACCUUAAGGAUCACAUAAACAUCCACACUAGAGAGAAACCAUACAAGUGUUCACAUUGUGACAAGAGAUUCAGUCGGUCAGGAAAUCUGAAAACACAUGAGAGGAUCCACACUGGAGAGAAACCGCACACAUGUGAUCAGUGCGGGAAGAGUUUCACAGUAAAAGGAUACCUUUCAGUACAUAUGAGAGUUCAUACUGGAGAGAAACCAUACACAUGUGAUCAAUGUGGGACGAGUUUCUCACAAGCAGGACAUCUUAAGAAUCACAUCAACAUCCACACUAGAGAGAUACUGUACACAUGUGAUCAGUGCGGGAAAAUGUUUUUAAAUGCUUCAGCCCUAAAGCAGCACAUGAAUGUUCAUACAAAGGAGAAACCACAUUCAUGUUAUUUGUGUGGAAAGAGUUUUUUAUGUCUACAAAGUUUGACAGAACAUCAUACGAUACAUAUUGGUGUGAGAGAGUACAUGUGCUUUGAGUGUGAAAAGACUUUUACUUCAGCAAAGUUUUUAAAACGGCAUGAGAGGAUUCACUCUGGAGAGAAACCGUACAAGUGUUCACACUGUGACAAGAGAUUCAGUGAUUCAUCAAGUCUCAAAAGACAUGAGAGGAUUCACACUGGAGAGAAACCGUAUCACUGCACUGAAUGUGGGAAGUGUUUCAAUCGUUCAUCUGCUUUACACAGACACACAAAAAACAUUCACAAAAAGUAGAUCAUCUUCAGAUCCAGCAUUUUCAGAUCUGAUGCUGCAAUAAUGCAUCAGGCAAUUAAAUAUUUGUCAUUACAAGUGACAUGACAAAGAAACAUUAUCUAAAGUUUUCACAGUGAAUAAAAUUCAUCUUCAUCUUCAAAAGCAGCAGAUUCAACUGAGAUUCAUAUCAACUCAAUGAUGGAGUUUCUUCCCAAAGAACAAUUUCAAAAGUCUUAUUCUUUUAUAUAAUUUUGCUUUUUUAUAAGCCAAAAAAUUUAUUUAUAUUAUUCACAUCCUGUCAUGUAGCUUUGCAACUGAUCGUUAUUUGCUAAAAUCUGUUGUGUCUUGAGGAAUUUAUGGCCGUUUUGUGCAUGUGUCUGUUAAGUCCACAUGACUGUAGUAAUCCAUUAUUAUAAGUUUACACCACUGACUGAUCUAUAAUAGAGAACUGGAUUGCUGAUGUUAUAGAAGUGAAGCCACAGUUCCGUCAUAUUGCUAUUCCCUAGUGCUCCCAUAUAUUCUGUUGAAUUAACAGUAAAUUGUAAUUUUUUUAUGAGAAAACCACCAAAUGAUUCAGCUUUUUUAUAUCUGAAGUAUCCCUGUAUGUUCUUAUAACACAAACAUGCUUCAUAUAAAGGUUUUAUUUAUUAAAAUUUGUUUCAUGUUGGGAAUUUCCCCUGCCUAUUAAAAAAAGUAUCAUAUUAAUUACAGUAUCAAACAUCAGAUUAACAUGAUGAACAUCAGAUUGCACUGUAUUUUAUGCAGGCCCGGCGCCAGAGGCCCCCAUGUCUGUUGAUUUCUAAAACGCAAUGGCCAAUCAGAGGAGUUUAGGUUGGAAUCCACACACUCGCCGCUACAGUUACCGUUUUUUGUCCAGUCCUUGGUUCUAUCAUGCUCGUAACUUUUUUCUAACAAAGACAUUAAAAAAAGUUUCAUCGUG